AUAAUUCAACGCGUUUGAAUAAAUGCCUCCCUAAAUACAAAGACAUGGGAAUUAUCAAACCAAACGAUUUUGCCGGCUGUGGCCUUCUCUUCUCCCCCAUUAUCCCUAAUCAAACUAGUACUUCUACCUCACUUUCUCUUGGAUCAAAAUUCAUUUUCUUUCAAUUCAAACAAAAAUUCAAGCAUAACCAUCGCCCCAAAUUUUGAUUUGAUAAAUAAAGUUCAAUUAAAUAAGAAAAAAUGGAAUUCAAACUCCAGUACCUUUUCUUCAUUGCUACGUGUCUAUCGUCGUUUGGGUACACUCCAAUCUCCGCUCGAAUUUUUCCAAACAUAUCAUCAAUACCGCCGUGGCUAAUCCCAAAAAACGACACUGUUUUAGGAGCCUGGGAUGCGUUUAAGGAAUUUCAUAGUUGCCGUCCGGGGGAGAAAACCCAGGGCCUAUCCAAGCUCAAGAACUAUUUCCAGAACUUCGGCUACAUUCCCAAAGCCCCUUUCAAUUUCACAGACGACUUUGACGAUGAGCUUGAAUCAGCCUUAAAGACUUACCAGAAGAAUUUCAAUCUCAACGUCACCGGCCAGCUCGACCAAAUCACCAUCGAACAUCUCAUGCGGCCCCGUUGCGGAAACGCCGAUAUCAUCAAUGGCACCACUACCAUGAACUCAGGCAAACCGUCGUCGGCUUCUAACUCCACCCAUUUCCACACCGUCGGACACUACUCCUUCUUCCCCGGCAUGCCGGUCUGGCCGGUCGGCCGCCGAGACCUCACUUACGCUUUCCUGCCGGAAAACGAGCUCACAAACGAAGUAAAGGCGGUGUUCUCACGCGCCUUCCUUCGGUGGGCACAGGUGACGCCGUUGACCUUCACUGAGAUUCAGUCGUUCUCGGCCGCUGAUCUUAAGAUCGGAUUCUUCGUCGGAGACCAUGGCGACGGCGAGCCAUUCGAUGGGAUUUUGGGGACACUGGCGCACGCGUUCUCUCCGACGGCCGGGAGGUUCCACUUGGACGGUGACGAAAACUGGGUGGUUAGCGGUGACAUCAGCACGUCCUCAGUGGCAUCGGCGGUGGAUCUUGAAUCGGUGGCGGUGCAUGAGAUCGGGCAUCUGUUAGGGUUAGGGCACUCAUCGGUGGAAAACUCGAUCAUGUUCCCGACAAUAGCCUCGAGGACGAGAAAGGUGGAGCUUGCGAACGACGACGUUCUGGGGAUUCAAAAAUUGUACGGCUCUAAUCCUAAUUACGUCACUCCUCCUAUGACUACAUCUACGCCCUCCGUUCAUCAGAGCGAUACAUCAAACGGUGGAGACUACAGUUUGGGAUUCGGUUUACGGUGGGGCCCAUUUAAGUUGUUAUUGGGCGUUGGAUUAGCGUUCAUUUUAUCGUAGAUUUGUAGAUAGUUAUUUUUUAUUGAUAUGUUAAUUUAUUUGAUUAUUUUUGGUUACUUGUAAUUGGUUGCCUUCUAAGGUCUUUUGGUUGUAGUUAUAGGUUGAGACCGAGUUAUGUGGAGGCAAGGGCAACUAUGCUUGAUAUUUUAGAUACUAUUACUAUAUUCACGUUA